CAGCGUCGCCAGUUCUCCACUUGCUCAUCCCCGGGAGCAGCCGGGCCCCACAGGGCUGCGUGCGGGCAGGUGCGGGAUCAAAGCCACUCGCUGCUGCUAGGGAGACCUGGAGGUGCAGUGCGGUUUCUAUUGACAUUGGUCCAAUAAAAUAUAUUGAUCGCUUCCCCCACUUUCCCCUCUCUGUGGUUACCACAGCGCUGUGUACAGCGUAUUGCCCUGGGAGGCUGUGUUGAAGCAUUGAAAGUCUCAUGAUGUGGCCACGCCAGGACAGGCCCGGGAACAACCCCAGAAAGAAUGUUUCUUCCUUUGGAAAAGGAGUGUCUCGAAGGAUGCAAGGCAAAAGGAAAGCCCCAGGCACAGAGACUCUGGAGGAAAGUGCCCAAGAGGCUGUCCUUGAUACUAAGCUUAUUCCUGCUCAGAAGCAACCAUUGGAGAGUUCAAGUGGCAGAUCAGGCAUUUCUGGGGAGUGCAGUGAUGAUGCUAAAAAGCCAAGGCUCCUGCAAGGAGAGAUUGCCAUUGACCCAGGAGCUGACAGUGACGACUCUGAGGACAGCGAUGGCAGUAGUGAUUACAGUGAUCCUGAGGACUUCUCAGGGGAUGAGGAUGAGGAGGAGACAGGCAGUGGAAUCUCUGGGAGCAGUGAUGAAGAGCCGUCUGCUGGGGGAAAAGAUAUCUCAAAAAGCAAAACUGUUCCAGAGAGUGAUAUGAAGAGAGAACUAUCCUUAAUGUCUUUUGAGGAACUGCUGCAGCUGCGGAGCAGCAUCGGAAUCAAAGCGUAUCAGCAGAUGACUAGUGGGAAGAAGCCAUCGAACUAUACAAAACCUAGGACCAGGCUGCAACCUAGCAAACAGGGGCCCCUGGAGAUUUCUGCCAAGAAACGGGUCCCCUUUCUGCGCCAAGUGGUUUCUGUUAAAAAGACAGUGCAGAGAGACCCUCGCUUUGACGACCUGUCUGGGGAGUACGACCCAGCUGUGUUUGAGAAGACCUACAGUUUCCUGGAUACUCUCAAGAAGAGGGAGAAAGAGAUAGUUCAGAAGCAGCUGAAGAAAAGCAAGAAUGUGGAGCAGCGAGAGAAACUGCAGCAGCUCCUAAAGCGCAUGACGCAGCAAGAGGAGGCUCAGAAGGAGCAGCAGAGGCAGAGGGAGAAAGAGCUGGUGUUGAAGAGAGAGCGGAGGGAGCAGGCCCUGCAGGGAAGGAAGCCCUUCUACCUGAAGAAAUCUGAGAAGUGGAAAAUGGAGCUGGCUGAGAAGUACAAGGCCCUGAAGGGGAAGGGGAAGCUGGAGAGCUUCCUAGGCAAGAAGAGGAAGAGGAAUGCCAUUAAGGACAAGCGCAGACUGCCCUUCCGCAAGCGCGUCUGACUGCUGGGGUGGGGCCUGCAGCCAGCUUUCUGAGUGGUGGGGUUUCAGCCACUUCUGGCGAGUUUUUGCCUUGGACUGUGGCCACAGCCAGCAGCCCCACGUCUUGUCUGUCCUGCAUCUCUGCCCUUUCGUGUUGGAAUCAAGGGUUGUAGCCGUCUGUCUUGACAGAGUCUGAGCGGAAUAAAGUUCCGACCCAGGCCUGCACCGGCCCACCUCCAAUCUUCAAUAAGGGCCAAA